AUGCCUGCGCCAGCCGCAGAUUUGGCCGAGGCCUUGAAGAAAAAGGGCGGCCUCACUCUUACUCAGCUCGCCGACUACGACGACAUACUCACCGAUGCGCUGGUCGAUCGCGUAUACUUCUGGUCAACGAUCCGCAAACUCCGAGCAAAUUACCAUCCCUGCCGCGGCGUGCUCGAAGAGGACGUUUGCAAGACGAUACAGCAGCAUGUCAUCAUCAAUAAGGAUCCGAACACUGCACAGGCGAAACUGCUACAGUUGACCGGCAUUGCGAAGUACCUCAAGAGCUUGAAGUCGACGGAUGAGAAGGAACACUUCCAGCGUCAUCUCAAGAAAUAUGUCAACAUGUACCUGUCAGACUGUCCGUUCGAAGUUGGCACCACCACGCGAUAUACCAUCACAACCGCCGAAGCCGCGAUCAUCGCACGCAAGCCCAUACGCAAGGGCGAGUCGAUCAAAUACCUCAUCGGAAUUCAGGUGGAAAUGACGGUGGAGGAGGAGAAGGAUCUGUCGAGUCGAAAUGAUUUCAGCGUGGUCAUGUCCAGUCGGCGCAAGCGGCCUUCCCUCUUCCUCGGACCUGCACGUUUUGCAAACCACGACUGCGACUCGAAUGCGAAGCUGACAACCACCGGUCCUCAUGGACUUCACAUUGUGGCUUGCAAGGCGAUUGCGCUGGGAGAGGAGAUCACGGUUACUUAUGGCGAGGACUAUUUUGGCGACGACAAUUGCGAAUGUCUAUGCGGGACGUGUGAGAGACUGCAACGAAAUGGAUGGGAUCCAAAAGGUCCGAUAUUACGGCAUAACGAUGACGACGACAGCAGUGAAGAAGAGGAGGACGAGAAGAACGACAAUGCACCACCAUCACGAGGUCUUGAGGGCUGGAAGGUGGUCAAAGGCAACAGUGGGCUGGCCAGAGGUCCUCUGAACGACAACGCGAAGGGCAAAGGCAGAGUCCAUGAGGAGAGUGAUGAGAUGGAACGGACGUCGACUUCGAGCAAGUCAAAACUCCCUGCGAUCAACAAGCAGCCGCAUCUCACGAGUCUGCGGAAUGUCAUCAACGCGAACGAGACUUCCUCACCGUCCUCUUCUGGAGCCACCGACGCGUCUUCCUACACGUCCACCGCUUCCAGUGCCACGUCUGUGGAAACAUUUUCUGCCGGAACCAUCGCUCAAAACAUCUGCGAUAUGUACACGGCUGAACCCGAAAUGGAUUGCGACUCACCCCAGCCCCAAAUCCGCCGCAAAUCCCCUCGCUCUAAUCCCAACUCCACCGAUCCAGUCCUCUCCAUCGAAAAGCCCACGACCGACGACGCCUCCUCCGAAACGACCGUCGAUGGCGAGCGUCGCGGCGAGCCCCGCACUCCCGGCGACUAUACUCUCUGCAAAGCCCUACUCACAACGACCUAUCACCGCUGGGUCGAAUGCCGCAAUUGCGACGAACACUUCGUGCAAGCCGAAGCUUUCCUCACCCGCAUCGCGUGCCCGCGCUGCGAACGUCACUCGAAGUUGUACGGCUACUACUGGCCGAAAACGGACAAAGAUGGAAGGAACGAUCGCGAGGAGAGAGUGUUGGAUCAUCGGACUAUUCAUCGGUUUAUUGAUCCGGAGGAGGAGAGGAGAAGAAUAAGAGGGCUGUCUAGACCUACGACACCGACACCGAGCACAACGCUAUAA